GUCAAAGAUUAAAGGUAAAUAAUUAUAAUCGUGAUUUAUUUAUUUUUUUAUCUUAAUGUAACUAUUUUUUUGAAUAUAAAAUUAUUUCGAUUAAUAUAUAACAGAAAAAAUAUAUUUGUUAAAUAAAAAUUGAAUUUUAUGAUUUUAAAGAUUAUGGAUAAUAAUGAAGGAGGCAUUAAAUUUGUAAAUUGCAUUGGAUCAGACAUUAAUAUAUGGAAAAAGGGACCUUAUGAUGAAAAUUUUGAAUGUGAAACUUGCUUACUGUUUGAUGAACCUGAAUAUCAUCUUAAUGAUCCAGAAGACAUUAAUACUAGUUGGAAAUUUUUUGACCAUAUAACAAAGAGAUAUCUUUUAGCGAAUGGAAAAAAAAUUUUUCAUUACCAAAAACAUGAAUGCCCACCAAUCAUAGUUAAAAUUAACACUCCAUUAUAUACUUUACAAGAACUUUGUACAUACACAAUUUCCAGAAGACUUUUGGCUAACAAUAUUAGAGAUACCGAAAUUAAUGAAUUAGAAUUACCUGAACAGUUAAAAAUUGAUAUAAAAAGUUGUGUAGAGAAUUUAGAGGAACGAUAUAAAGCAGAUGGAGAUGACUUCUGUCAAGAUUGGACAGUAUAUCAUGAAGAAGAAUAUCAAUGUUUUUAAAUAAAAUUUUUUAUUUAUAUUUUAAUUUACAUAAUCAUUUUUUUUUUUUUUAAUAUUAUAUUAUAUUAUAUUCAUUCUUUUUUUAUAUACAUAUAGUACUGUAUUGUUAUCAUGGAAUUUCAAAAUAAAAAUAUUUAAUCCUUAA